AGCUGUAUAGGAGGAAAAAGAAAAAAAGAAAGCAUGUUUCCACACGUUUAUCCCAAUUUAUUUUUCUUUGAGAAUUUUAUUCGACAAGUGCUGUUUCGGAGAUCGGUAGCUACGGGAGCCAAAAUAGACAUUCGAAAUGGCAACACGGACUGAACGAAUAUUGGCUUUGACGCGAAGUCGUACGUGAUACGCGCCAUUAUAUAAUUACGAACUUUUUCGUUGAGAGCCAAGCUUCAGUGCAGGAUUAAAUUGUGUAUGGGUCGAAAUAAGAGUCGAUGUCUGCGCCCAUGCUCACAAAAACAAGCCUGCUACUUCGCAGCGAGACGAGGGAGGCAACCGGCAAGAGUAACUAUUGAAAAGUAUAAUAAUAAUAAUGAAAGAAAGAAAGAAAGAAAGAAAGUGUGUCGCAUAUCGUAUCGCGGUACACGAUAUAGCUGUAAAAGCGAAUAGGGGAUGUUUAAAACACAAUUUUGAAGAAUACAGGUGAAAUGAAACGUGAGUCUAUACAAAUACAAAUGAAAUGUGAGAGACGAGAAAUGUUCGCGGCCACCGAAUAGGGAUUGCGAGAUCGCGUCCCGGAGAGAUCCCCUGGUGCCGCUUAAUUAACCGCAGGAACUGGAACGCGCCCAUGAACAGAGCACAGGACCGACAGGCCAGGCCCGGUGGCCGCAGCCGACUUCUCCCGUGCUGGGUGUCUGAGCGAGAACCACGAUCAUGGUCAUCGCCAUUGCGCACUCUGGUGCCCGCUGCUCGCAAGAUGACCGGUGGCUGUGGCCGGCUGCGGUGCUGGUGAGGCUUAGGCCCCGUCGCAGCAUGGAGAAUGAGGAGACCACGCUGGUCGGCCAGCGGGCGAGCCAGCAGGUUGUAGACCUCGGCGACCCGUUCAUCAACAGCGCCCUGGUGCACACGGCCAGCGCUUGUCUCAUCUUCGUCGUCGUGUUCAUCUUCGUCCUGCCGGGCAUACUGCUCACCACGCUGCGCCGGGAAAAGCCCUACCAGGUGGACAUGCGUCCCAAGACACGACUGGGCCGACAAGUCUACGAAGGACCUGACAGACCUUUGAUUAUGUGCAUGGUCAAUUCGACCAGCUUUCAGCGACUUCCGCCCAUGACUUACACAUUCGAACAGGUGCCUUCGAACUUGUGCUCGCAUGUCGUGUUCCCGCUGUCCGGCGCCGCCGACUGGUCCGACGACAUGCUGCACUACGACUACACGCACAAGAUUACCCACCCGAACUUGUACCGCGAAAUGGUGCGGCUUAAGAAAGAGCGGCCCGCGCUCAAGAUCCUCGUCGGCGUUGGCGAGUACGAAGUGAACAAUGGCCUGUUCCGCUACGCGGCCGAAUCGAUGCACGCGACGGUGCAGUUCUGCAGCGCCGUGCUCCGCUGGACGCUCGGCAACGGCUUCGAUGGACUGGUCAUCCACCGAAUGUUUACCAGUGGCUCGCCCGGCGAAGACCGCCGCGGGAUCAUCGUGCUGCUGCAAAAGCUGUGGGUACACUUUGAGCGCCAUGGCCUGACGCUGGUGGUGGUGUUCGAGCCGGAGACGGAGGUCUUCAACCAGCCGCUGCUGGGGGGCAAGAUCUGCUCGUACGUCGACUACGCUGUCGUCGUGGCGCACGGGUUCCGCAGUGACGCGUUCGCCGAGUUUCCCAGCCCGAUGCGGAGCCGGCUGCCGUCGCCCCUGAAUGUGACGAUGGACUUCGACACGGCCGUCCAGCGGGCGCUGGCCAGCGGCGUUCCCGUGCACAAGCUGGUCGUGAGUGUCUCUUUAGACGGGGCUUCGUACACGCUUGACGAGAAGUCUGACCACAAGCCGGGCUCCAUGCUGCUUGCGGGUCGAUCGGAAGGAAUCCCGGGCCUCUUCACGCGCUGUCCCGGGGUUCUCAGCUUCUUCGAGAUCUGUAGGCGCCUUGUGUUCGAGAACUGGACGCGCGCGUGGGACGCCAGCGCCGAGUGCCCGUACGCGUACUCAGACGACCAGUGGGUCGCGUACGAGGACCAGAUCAGCUUGAUGGCCAAAGCAGAGUACGUACGCAACCGGUCGUUAGCGGGCAUGAUGGUCUGGGACGUGUCCAGCGACGACUACCGAGGGGACUGUGGCACGCCGAACGUUCUCGUGCAGACCAUUUACCAGAACUUCCAAAGUGUGUUUAAGCUUGACUAGAGGCGCCCUCUCCCAUUACCGACUUGUAUCACGUCACCCUUCGUCACAUUAAGGCCAGCGGGACAAGGUCUCUCAGUUUCUUGUAGAUACGCAAUGGCCUCUGCGUGAAAAGCCUGGCCAUUUUUAACCAUGAGGGCUCACUCGGAAAACUACGGUUGUGGUUCCUGUUGCCGGUCAUUGUCAUGGCUAUUGCUCCUUUUCAGCACCUGCUGCGACACGCAAUCAGCGCACUGAAUAAAUGUAAUGCUGUGCAUGCUGAAGAA